AUGGCAGGAGUAAAUGGAGAUAGAAAAGGAAAAAAAGAUGACAACGGUAUCGGCACUGCCAUCGACUUUGUGCUGUCCAAUGCCAAGCUGGUGCUGGGAGUGGGAGGAGCUGCCAUGCUGGGCAUCGCCACACUGGCAGUUAAAAGGAUGUACGAUCGUGCCCUCAGUGCUCCUUCCAGCCCAACUAAAGCAAACCAGUCUGGCAAAAGGAGCUGGGAGGAGCCAAGCUGGCUGGGGUCAUCUCCACGCACUCUGAGCCGCGACAUGAAACAGAACGUCAGUCGCUCCCUCCAAACCCUUCCCACCUCCUCUAAUUCCUUCAAGCCAGAUUAUCUGCGCCGGGCUGUGGGUCGUGAUGGCAGCACUAGUAAAGCUGACCUGCAGAGGGCGCGCCUGCGCCUGUCUCUACAGGAGCACCUCUGGGCCUUUUUUCACGAGCGGGUGACCAUCCCCGCCGAGGAGCAGGCAGUGGCCAAACGCGCCGCCCUGGACAUCUGCGCCGAGCUACGGGUUUUCCUUCAUGCCAAACUGCCUGACAUGCCCCUGAGGGAGAUGUACCUCAGCGGCAGCUUGUAUGAUGACCUACAGGUGGUGACAGCAGAUCAUGCUCAGCUCAUGGUUCCUAUGAUCCUGGAGAAGAACCUGUGGUCGCCUAUCCCCGGUGAAGACACAAUCAUGAACCUUCCUGGUUUCUGGCUCGUCCGCCGAGAAAACCUGGAGUAUUUCCCCCGGGGCAGCAGCUACUGGGAUCGCUGUAUGGUGGGUGGGUACCUUUCUCCCAGAAGUGUUCUGGAGGUGUUUGAGAAGCUGGUUGCAGGUUCCAUUAAUUGGCCUGCGAUUGGAAGCGUUUUAGAUUACGUUAUUCGACCUGUGGUACCUUCGGAAACUCUUACGCUGGAGGUGCAGUACGAGACGGACCGGCGGCUAUAUGUGGACUUUCUUCCAUUGCUGGUUAUGGAGGACGGAGUUUCGCUGAUAGCCAAACCGCACCGGUUGGCUGCUGAGAGAUACGAGAACCUGUGGCGUCAGAGUUUUCGGGUGACGGAAACAUCCAAGCUUCGCGCUCUGGAUCAGGAGGAUGGCGGUUGCCGCUGUGUGUGUCUGAGAGUAGUUAAAGCUGUCUGCAAGCUAAACCCUGCGCUGGCACGGCUGAACGCCAGUCAGCUCACUAAUGUCAUCCUUCUCCUCAGUGAACGAGAGGGCGACUGGACUCAGGAGGCGCUGGCCGAUCGCUUCACGCAGCUGCUGCGUACACUAGUGGGACACCUGGAGGCUGGAAGGCUGCCGUCUGCCCUUAACCAAAAAGUGAACCUGUUCUGUGAGCUCACCCCACAGGAAGUAGAUGAACUCGGAUACACACUUUACUGUGCUCUUUCAGACCCAGAGAGCCUUUUGAGAACUGCCUAGCACACACACACGCACGCACACAUUUACACACGCAUACAUGCUACUUUAGCUUUUCUUUGCUAAAGUACGAUGCUGCUUGCCUCCUCAGUGUUGAACAUUAGUGUUUGUCAUGUUUGUGUAUACUUUAUAAUUUUUCACAAAACACAAAUAAACAUAGCCCAAAAAAGUAAUGAAAUGUGUUUGGUAGAUUAUUUCUUUCUUGUAACCAUAUAUUUUGGCAAUUAAUCUUCUACUGUUGGAAAGCCUGUACAUUUUUCUUUUAAAUUGAACCAGAUUUGAAAGGAAGAUGCAUUUGUGGGAUGUGCAUCAGAGCUGAGUAUGGGGGUUGCACCCAUUAAAAAAACUUGCCAAAUCCUACUAGCUAAUGCCAAACAGUUUAUUCUACCAUUGACUCGUUUGGUGUUUGAAGAUCUUCUUUGGGUUUCGUUUUAAUGGAAAGCCCACUUCUUGGCCUGUCUCUGACAUCCACCAUUAUGUGUAACUUGUCCUUCAAUUUGGGGAUGGUACCAGGGCUCACUCCAAAUAAUGCUUCAAAUAAUAACUUGAUUUUGUGGAACCCCAGUUUGAAGUUCCCCUAUCGCACAUGCUCUAUUCAGAUCAGUCAAACAUGGCAUGAUGCCGAUUCUUGGUGCAAAAACACCUACUGACCACUGUAACCAGGGACCAUGUUCACAGGUGCAUCACCUGGGGGAACCAAAAGCUAAAAACAAGUGUCUGUAGCAACAGCAGAAUAAGCUGUUCAGUAUUGGCAGAAAAGAUUUGGCUUUUUUUUUCAUAGGCGCAACCCACAUAUUCAGUUCUGCUGCUCAUCCCACAAAUUCAUGUUCCAUACAAUUGUGUCUCCAUUUAAAAGGGAAAUUAACAGGCUUUCCAACAAUGUGAGAUUUAAUGUAAAGAAGCAUUGUUACAACAAAGAAAUCCUCUACCAAACUUACUUGUUGUGCUAUGUUUGGUUUCAAAUUUCUGGUUUGAGUCUGGAAAACCUGACUGCAGCACAGUUAUAACCUGUGAUAACCUGUACAGGUUAGGUUAGGUCUGUUAGAAGGGCCCAUACAAGAACAAAUCAAUACGUUUUUAUCUUAUUUAAAAGUAGGAGUUUGUUCUGGUACGAAACACUGUUAAAGCUUAAUUAUCCCCCAGUGAGAAUGUGUAGACCCAACCCCCUUUCACCACUUGGCCCUAUCAUGGGAGAUGGUGCAGAAAUUAUUUAUUAUUGUCCAUUAGUUAAUUUCUCUGUGAAGGAGAGCUAAAUUAGCCUUGAUCCUUUCCAGCUUGAAUGCUGCAGCCCCUGCCGUCUGUUGCACCAUUUAAGGUGGAACGAGAAAGUUAGCUAGCUACUGAGACAAACUACUAGCAAUCUUUUUUAUGCUUGGUAUGAAGAAUUUGGCCAUAAAACAUUGAAACUACACAUUAAACCAUGGUAUUAUAGUGCUAAAUGUCACUUUUAACUAGGAAAAUAUUUACAUUUGUGGGUUUCUUACCAGUGAUUUUCAUACCCCUUCGUUUGAAGUGUACCUCUGGAAAAAUCUCAGUUUGAAGGGCUAACAAGCCCUAAUCCCUUUCCCCUACCCCUUUAGUAUAACGAGAAUCGGGACCCCUACCCCUUGGCGUGCAUGCGCAAAACAGAGGGGUAUGGUUAAGGGGUAGGAACAAGGGGUGAAGUGGAAUUGGGCCUUAAUCGGCAGAAAGACAGCCUGCAUGUAAUUGAUCUAUUACUUCAGCCAACUGCAGUGUAGCCACGCCCACUGUCACUGAAAUUUUAAGGAGUGUUUUAAGCAUGGGCUGCUUUUUGUAAAUUUCUAAUUACAAACCAGUGUAACCAAUCAGAAAAUGGUUGUCUAUAAAAACAUUAUUAAUUGAAUUUUAGAAAGUGGAAAGCUUCACAAUACAAUAAUAAAACAAAUAACUGUACAUUUAAAUAUGUAGGAUAUUGUAUGUGUAUCGAGGGUAGUGCUGGGCGAUAAAACGAUAUCGAUAGUUAUCGAGGAAACUAUAUAUCGCGAUAAGUCGGGGCGAGAAAUUCGAUAAACUAAAUUUUCUAUUUCCCGUUUAAGUAGCGUUGUGAACAGGCGCAGCACGAGAUCAGGCAGCACGCUGAACUGCUGCUCAGCCCAGUACAACCCCUCCCCUCCCCUCUCCACCAUCCCCCUCUCCACCAUCUCCCUCCGCCCCAUCCCCCGAGCCCCUCCACUCUGAACUCCUCACACAGCGGCUCCUUCUCUCCCAUUUACUGGAUAAACUUCAUUUAUACUAUUUAGCGGCGCUACACUGGAAAACUCACCUCUUAAAUAUGAGGCAUGCGUCUCCAAGAUAUUUAGAGAGGUGAGCUUGUUCAGAUUUCUGAAGGCAGGUAAACGCUGCUCUGUUUGCUGCUAGUUAGAUUAGCUUGUCUCCAGUUUAAAGUUAGCGAUGUUUACGGUGUAAAAGGGAUCUGUGCAAUCUGUCAUCAUUAGCUAAGAUGCUUUCACUGCUUUUUACAUUCUAAUAAGCUAAUAGAUAACGCACGUUAGCCGUGUUAAUCCACGUUUCGUGUAAAUUAAGGUUAACUUCAGCACGAGUGAGGGGUUAGUAUAUAAACACACAGAAAGGAAGCACUUUCCAUCUUUUUUCCUAACUCUCACUGUUUCUGUUAGAAAACCCUGAGGGCAGAAUUCUCCUCUGUCUGUGUUUUUAGUUUUUAACAGAUAGAGAGUCUGUUAUGCUGGAUAUUUUACUAAAUACAGAAGAUUAUAUAAUCUGUCUAGCUGUAUUUGAACUGAGCUAAACAUUGCUGUUACUGAACUGGAGUUUUAAAUACACUUUAGUAAUGUAAGUCUAGUCUACUGAAAGCCAGUAAUGUUAGUAUAAAUCUGUACUGCAGUAGAAGUGGAUCAUUUCAGAAACUUGACUUUAUUCCUCCCACCUCCAUCCAUUACAGGUCACUUACUUUAAAAUAUUUAAAUGUUAGCUUAAUUUAAAUGUAAAAAAACCUAAAGGCUCUUAUUUAAAAAAAAAAAACAUAAGCAGUAAAUAAUCUAAAAUUACAACAAAUAGAAAAUAGAAAAACAGUAAAACAUAUGUAAUACAUACUUUUUAUAUGACCAAAAUUAAACUAGACUGAAAUGUGACUAAAACUAAUAAUAUCCGAUAGACUAAAAUGUAACUAAAACUAUUAUACAUUUUAGUGAAAAGACUAAGACUGUAUCAAAAUCACCUGUCAAAAUGAACACUGUGAUAUACUCUUGUAUUUUGCUUUAUGUAGUUGCCUGCAUUCAGGGAGGGGAAUGAUCUUUUGAUUAAAUAUAAUUUUAUUAAAAAAAUAAUAAAGUGCUAUUGCAAUUUAAAUUAAACAGACAUAUAAUGUAAAGGGUCUUACAUAUUUUUUAGUUUAUAUAUUUGUCCCCUUUUUAAAAUUAAUUUAAAAGCUGUACCCACCUGGCAAGAUGUUAACAUCCUAGUGUCUGUCCACAAGGCUCUGAGCCUGCUAGUGAUUUUGGCCAUAACUCCCUUAUUCUGUCACUUCUGAGUAAAAAAGAAACCUUUAAGUGUAACAGAAAGUGAUUUGAUUUAUAUCGUGAUACAUAUCGAUAUCGGCUGAUAUGAAAAACUAUAUCGUAAUAAGAUUUUUUUCCAUAUCGCCCAGCCCUAAUCGAGGGUGUUGGUUCUUUUAACCCUUUAAAGGAUCACUCCUACCUAAUUUCUGUCCACAGCAUCUGUGGCAAAUGCUCAGUUACUACAGACAGAUUUGCUGCACUUUACUUGUAAUUUGUGAACCCUAUUAUGGACAGUAGAGUCCAAUAUAUUUUAAGCGUCAACAGUGUGAAGUGUGUUCUGAGUCAGCAGGUUUCCUGUUCCUGUACUGAGCGUAACCGUGCCCAGAAAUGAUUGGCUGUGUUGAUGCACCAUACGUUAGAACUGUGAAAGAUGAUGACCAUUAGAGUAUUAGACCAGACUACACCGAUUGGAGAAUAUAACUCUAUAAGCCUCAAGGCUCAGUCAGGUCCCUUUCCAGCCCUGCCUCCACUCUUUCAUUUCCCUUCAUUACUCACACACUCUGCUCCCAUGCCUGUCAGAGCCGUUAGCUUUCAGCAGAUCUUCAGUGAAGUUCAUCGUAUCAAACUGUGGGUAGAGCUUCCCUUUCAAAUAGCUGUGGUUUCAGUGUUUAGAGGAUGUGGUCUUUGUGUCUGAAGUAUUUAUUCUUAUUGUCUGAGAGACUUUAGUCCACGGAAGAUCUCAGGAGAAGCUUUGAGCCUUUCUGUUGAUUAAUUUUUUCAUAGCUUUAUUUAUUUUCAGCUGUGAGCAGAUGUAGCAGGAAGAAGCAGCUGCUUCAGAUGCGUUAGCUGUUGCUCGUGGGGAGGAAAGAAUAGUAAAUGGCCUUAGUUUCUAGAAGAACUGAGAAUGGAACCCAGAACGCUGCCUGAUUGAGUGUUGUAGCACAACAGUCAUCAUUAUGCAAAAUUUCACUUGAAAUAUUCUGCCCAUCACAGAAACAACUGCCAUUUAUGAUGGUCUUGGAUUGGAGAGAAUGGGUUUUGGAAUAUUUAGCCAGUAUAGGUUGAUCUGUUUGUUGCCAAAAAUGUCUUUAAUGAAUACAAAAAAAAACAAUCACACUCUUUUUUUUGAGGAAACAUCUCAUUGUCACUGUGUGUAUAUGAAGAUAUUACAGAGCUGUGUGUGUAUAGUUUUUGUAUAUGUGUGUAAUAGUGUGCUGUCAGUUCAGAUGAAGCUAUUUAUGAAAUGAUUAAAGAAUCUAAACUUGGAGAAGCUUAUGAGAAUGUUUUUAUGAAAGUGUUUUCGAGAUAAUGAGCGCACACGGAUGUCCUUACUCUGGCAUCAAACCCAUAGAGUAUCUCGGAGUAAUGGUAACUUUUUCCUUACUUGAGAUCGGUGAGCAUGGCUCGAAUAUUUGACCUAGAGAUGACAAAUGUAAAUGUCCAGAAUUUUUGUACCUGUCUAAAGACUUUACCUAGUGGAUGUACCUGAAAUCAAACUAAUAUUUUGUGGUACUUGGAUAAUGUUUAUCGGCUUUACAUUUGGUUUUCAGUCACACAGUUUUAUUGAAUGGUUAACCUAUUGUCAUGUUGCUGUUAAACCUGUUAUUUACACAGUGGAAACAUCCAGAACUUCAUUCCCUGUAAAUCCUCUGCACUAAAAUGGCUAAUAUGGGAUCUAUGUGUCCUUUAGAAAAACAUUGUGAUCAUUGUGAUGAUAAUGAUCAUUUUGCUGGAAAAAUCCAGGGUGAAACUAAACCUUUAAACUAAAUUGAUCCAGCAUGUAUUACCAGUGGCCUAAAACCUUAAAUCUCCCUUUUUGACAUUGUAAAUCAGCUGGCUUUUUUACAUUGUAUGCCAAUUUCAUGAUGCAUGAGCCAGUCAAAUGAUCCAAUAUGACUUCCAUUUAAAGUAAAAAAAAGGGAGUGUUUUGGAGAUACAGGGUUUUUGCAUGACAGUAAUGAUAUACAGGUAGAGCUGGGCAGUUAGUCAAAAUCAAAACUGUCAUCCAGAUUGUAAUAUUGUUAAGAUCAAAUAAUGUAUUUCUAGAUUUUGAAUGUCAAAGUCAAAAUUUUAAAUUUGUGUUGCGGGUCGCUCGCUUGUUGUAAUAACAGAAAAAUCUAAUAAAGAUUUUGAAAUUAAGGCUAUGUUCACACAGCAGGUGAAAGUUGCACAAAUCUCAAAUCACAAUUUUCUCAUGUCUGUUUUAGGGUUUUAUCAUUCAUUUAUCAUUCAUCUCCAUUUUCCCUUUGCACAGCCUUUCUUUAAUGUAAAAACAGUAUGAAUUCUGCUUUGGCUGUUCAGACAGUGUUAAAUUGCUUGAUAUGUAAUAAAUUUCUAUAGCAUAUAUUUAAGUGGCCCAGAUCAGAAUUGAAAAUGUCAGACUCCUACACAAACAACACAUACACUAUGUUGCCGAAAACAUUUGCUCACCCAUCUACAUCAUUAAACUCAGGUUCCAAUCACUUCCAAGGCCAAAGGUGCAUAAAAGCAGACACCAAGGUAUGCAGACUGCUUCUACAAACAUUAGUGAAAGAAUAGGUCGCUCUCAGGAGCUCAGUGAACUCCAGCACUGUGGUACUGUGAUAGAAUGCAGCACCUGUACAACAAGUCCAGUCGUGACAUUUCCUCACUACUAAAUAUUCCACAGCCAACUGUCAGUGAUAUUAUAACACAGUGGAAAAGACUGGGAACAACAACUAACCCGGUCAGUGAAAAAUAACUGAGCGGGGUCAGCGGAUGCUGUGGAACCAACUUUCUGCAGUCACUACAGAUCUCCAAACUUUAUGUACCUUCAGAUUAGCUCAAGAACAGUACAGCAUAGAUCACUAAACGCAAUGCAGACGAGCGGAUAUUUUUGGCAACGUUGUUGAUCAUGUAAAAUAUCAGAUUGGACCACAUUUACUUGCUGUGUGAACAUAGCUUAAGAAGUAUCCUAAACACAGAUCUGCCAAAAUCUAAAUUAUAAUUGAGCAGCAGCUUGUUUUUGAGGAAAUGUUGGUUGUUUCUAAUCUUUCAAUCCUUAUAAGUAUACCUCAUAGGUAUACUGGCUCACAGUUUAUCUGACCACUAAAUCAGGCCUGUUCUAAUUGGGUUAAUGUUUCUCUUUUUGUAUUUCCACCCUCUCCAAGAAAGUUUCCUUUUUAAUGUUGAAAAGCAGAGUAUGAAAGGAAGGUUGGUUGCAAGGUGCCUGCCUGUUUUCCCUUUAGGUUUUGUGAUGAGGAACAGCUCAAUAAAGAAAUCCUGCAGCUUUAAAUCAGAGCUGUUUUAUGUAGUGUAUGAAACCAAACAAUCCUGCAGUGUGCCCCUGAACACUGCCUUAGUUUUCCACAUGUUUAGCAUGGAUGGAAUGGUACAUGUGGUUAAAAAUCAACAUAAUAUCCUAAGAAAAAAAUAUGUAAAAAGAGAAAAAUUUAAAAGUUUUUAGUAUUUUUAUAUGUACAUGUACAGAUGUAACCAAAACAAGACAAUAUUUCUCUGUACUGUUAUUGUAUCAAACCGUCUGUGACUGAAGUGUGUGGAAAUUCCACCAAUUUCUUCCAUUUUCUGCUUCAUUAAAUGAAUAAGAUAUGUGAAUUAA